GCCAAGCAAGCGCCCUUUAAUUCGCCCGACGAACGCGUGCCUGUAACGCGAUCUCUGGCAGAGGUCGACAGGAUAGCUACUUUGGAAGAAAUGUCAGCUGCGACGGCGCCCGUACCUUCGUCGUCAAGCGCGCCGGCCCAAAAUGGCGCUGCUGGUCCAUCCACCACGACGUCAAAUGGCGCCGGUGAAUCAGGGGCUGCUGCCUCCGCCGGUGCGGUUGCUGGCAGCAGUCAGGCUCCAACGCAACCGAGCGCAGGCGUCUUGUCCAUCCCUCCGCACCUCAUGCCCUUUCUCCUGAGCAUGAACAAGGAGAAGCUGACUCAAAUGAUUACUAGAAUGAAGAGCCUGCAGGCGGCUGGGCAGAAUGAGCAGAACAACGUAGAAUACGCCAACCUCAUGAAUGCCUUCAGAUACUUUCAGCAGAUGCAGGCAUGGCGGCAGCAGCAACAACAAGCACGAUCUUCGUCCAGUCCCCAGCACGCAAACGGAGACGCAAAGACGCCUUCUACUUCCUUGGCUUCCUUGCCGGCGACCGUGCCUGCUCCCGACUCAGCUAUUUCAUCGGCAGCACCUGUUCCUCCUGUCUCUGCUGCAGCGACGUCCAAUGGCAUCAGCGCGCCCGCCGCAAAUGGCGUGGAAGCCUCUAGGCCAUCGACGGAUGCCAGCGGUAUGUCGACGACGGCGACAUCCACUUUCACGUCGGAGCAACUGUCUUCUCUCAAGACGCAGAUCAUCGCAUUCAAGCUCCUGGCGCGCAACAAGCCGAUCCCGGAUCACAUCAGAUCUGCUCUUCUCAAUCCUGACAAGGCCAUCGAUGAUAUCAAGAGUCAGCUCGAUGCUGAUGCAGAAGCGCUAGGAGCUGCUGGAAAAGUUGCUCAGGCGGGUUUCGACUCGCACAGGGCCGCUGAGGCCAUGAUGGACAGGGCAGGGUCCGGCCAAGGGAAAGCGACCGGGCCAGGCGAAGACAUUCCUAGGCCAUCUUCGCCAAAGGAAGAUCCGACAAGUUCCAUCUAUCCCUACAAUGCCUUCCGACAUCCGUUCACCUACCUUUCCAAGCCUUCGAUGGGCCCUGGCGAUUUCACUGAGAGCAAGGCGCAACGCUUGUUGGUUCCCAGUCUCAUGCCUGCUGGCUUGGAUGCCCACAUGUUGUUGCAAGAGCGCGAUCGUUUCGUGAACACCCGGAUUCAACAGCGGAUCAGGGAGCUGGAGAGCUUCCCCUCUACCAUGUCGCAGCGGCCCACCCUGAAGGGCAAAGAGCACGAGCAGGAGGGAAAGGAGGACUUUGAUCCGUUCGGAGAUGCUCUCCAGGGACAACAGGGCGACAAUGCCAAGCUUAGGGCUCUCAUCGAGCUCAAGUCGCUACAGCUCCUGCCGAUGCAGAGAGCUUUGCGCGAGUCGGUCACCAAGGGCAUGGCUCAGGCUACGACAUUGGCAUUGGAUCGGACCGCGUUCCGAAGAUUCAAGAAGCAGACUUUGCGCGACGCGCGAAUCACAGAGCAGCUCGAGCGUAAGCAGCGGGUCGAUCGAGAGAAGCGAGCAAGGCAGAACCACGUCGACUACCUCAACACCAUCUGCAACCACGGUCGCGAACUCAUGGCUGCGCACAAGGCCCACCAGCAGAACACAAUUCAGAAGAUGGGCAAAUUGGUGAUGAGAUUGCACGCCGACGUGGAGAGAGAAGAGCAGAAGCGGAUCGAGAGAAUCGCAAAGGAGAGGCUCAACGCGCUAAAGGCAGACGAUGAAGAGGCCUAUCUUAAGCUGAUUGACACGGCAAAGGACACGCGCAUCACCCACCUCAUCCGUCAGACGGACGCCUACCUCGACAAUUUGGCGCAGGCUGUGCAGGCCCAGCAGAAUGACGAUGUCCAUGCCGACGCCAUCGCUGCCGAGCGCGCAGGUAUCGCUCAGCCCUCAGCCGAAGACCUCGCUGCGGAAAAGGCGAAUCAAGAGGUGGGCGUCGCGGUCGACGAAACCAUGUUCGGUGCACAACGCCAAGACGAUCCAAACGAGGACAAGGGAAAGGUCGACUACUAUUCCGUUGCCCAUCGUAUCACCGAGCGUAUUACCGCCCAGCCUGGAAUUCUCGUGGGCGGAACGCUCAAAGAGUACCAGAUCAAAGGUCUCCAGUGGAUGGUUUCGCUCUACAACAACCGACUCAACGGUAUUCUGGCCGACGAGAUGGGUCUAGGAAAGACGAUCCAGACAAUCUCUCUCAUCACGUUCCUCAUCGAGACCAAGAAGCAGCGCGGCCCUUACCUCGUCAUUGUUCCCCUCUCGACGCUCACCAAUUGGGUCAACGAAUUCGAGAAAUGGGCUCCGUCAGUCACAACGGUUGUCUACAAGGGUGUGCCAAAUGUGCGCAAAAAUCUCGCGCACAUCAUCAGAAUGGGCAACUACGAUUGCCUCCUCACGACGUACGAGUACAUCAUCAAGGACAAGCACUUGCUCGGCAAAAUCAAGUGGACCCACAUGAUCAUCGACGAGGGACAUCGAAUGAAGAAUACUCAGUCGAAACUCACGCUCACGCUCACCCAGCAUUACACGAGCCGUUAUCGUCUUUUGCUCACUGGUACCCCCCUGCAAAACAAUCUGCCCGAGCUCUGGGCUUUGCUCAACUUUGUGCUGCCCAAGAUCUUCAAUUCCGUCAAGUCAUUCGAUGAAUGGUUCAACACACCAUUUGCCAACACGGGUGCAAGCGAUGGUAGCAUGCAGCUCAACGAAGAAGAAGCGCUGCUCAUCAUCAAACGUCUUCACAAGGUUCUCCGCCCAUUCUUGCUGCGUCGUCUCAAGAAGGACGUCGAAUCGGAGCUUCCCGACAAGGUGGAAAAGGUCAUAAAAUGCAAGAUGAGCAGCCUGCAGAGGAAGCUCUACCAGCAGAUGAAGAAUCACAAGAUGCUACUUGCCGGAGACGACACUGCCAUUGGAGGAACGAAGAGCAAGGGCAUCCGUGGCCUGCAGAAUGCCAUUAUGCAGUUGCGAAAGAUUUGCAACCACCCGUACGUCUUCGAGCAGGUCGAGCUGGCCAUUAAUCCGACAAAGGAAAACGGACCCGACCUGUUCCGCGUUUCGGGCAAAUUUGAGCUAUUGGACAGAAUCCUGCCCAAGCUCAAGGCGACCGGGCACAGAGUCCUCAUCUUCUUCCAGAUGACGGCCAUCAUGGACAUCAUGGAGGACUUCCUUCGCUUCCGUGGCUUCAAGUACCUUCGUCUCGAUGGUGGUACCAAGCCUGAAGAUCGAUCGCACCUUCUGACAGCCUUCAAUGCGCCGGGCUCGGACAUUGACAUCUUCAUUCUCUCGACGAGGGCCGGUGGUCUAGGUCUCAACCUGCAGACUGCCGACACCGUCAUCAUCUACGACUCGGACUGGAAUCCGCAUCAGGAUUUGCAGGCCCAAGAUCGUGCACACCGUAUUGGUCAAAAGAUGGAGGUUAGAAUUUUGCGUCUGGUCACGUCCAAGUCGGUCGAGGAGACGAUCCUGGAACGAGCGCGAGGCAAGCUCGAGAUCGACGGCAAGGUUAUUCAGGCUGGUAAAUUCGAUAACCAGGCAACGGCCGCCGAACGAGAAGACCUGCUGCGAGCCAUGCUCGAAGCUGACACGGAGGAGGAAGACGACGAGGAAGGCGACUUCAACGACGACGAGCUCAAUCAGCUCCUUGCUCGCGCUGACGAUGAGCUCGACAUUUUCAAGAAGUUGGACAAGGAUCGCGAAGAAAAGGACGAGGCAGAAUGGCGCGCUCGAGGCUGGAAGGGCAAGGCGCCCGAGAGGUUGAUUCAGGAAAGCGAACUUCCGUCGCUCUACCAGCAAGACUUUGAAGCAGUCAGCGUCAUGGAAGACGUCGUUGAGGAGACGCCUGUCGCUCGGAGACGCAACGUCGUUCAUUACGAUGACGGUCUUACCGAGGAGCAAUUCUUGCGUGCCCUUGAGGACGAUGACGUCGACAUUGCCGACGUUGUGGAGAAGAAAAGGGAGCGGGCAGAGAAGCGGAGGCUCAAGCAGGUGCAGCAGGCGAAUCAGAGCGGAGACACGUCUGAGCAGGGAACUCCGGAGCCGACCAAAAAGUCCAAGCACGGAGCUCGAGGUAAGAAUUCUGCUCGAGCUACCGAGACGCCCGAGGCGGCCUCACCAGCACCGGGUGGUGGCGGUGGACGGAAGAGGAAGCGACAUUCCCAGUUCGUCGAGUCGCCUUCACCAGAAGACAAUGACUCCUAUGGCGGCGACUCGCGGCGAGGGAGUGGUGGCGCAAUGGGCGGAAAGCGCCAAAAGAAGGGAGGCGACGAUACCCGAGAGCGGAUCCACGACGUCCUGCUGCAAUGCUACCGAGCAGUGGAGAACUGCUAUGAAGAGUACUCGGAUGGCAGUCCGCCACGGAAGAGGACGGAUCUAUUCAUGGAUAUUCCCAAAAAGUCAGAGUACCCUGACUACCACGUCAUCAUCCAGCGACCGAUUUGCAUGCGCCAGAUCCGACGGAGGAUCGACAAUCGGACGUACAGGAGCGUGUCGGCCUGCCGUGACGACUUUGCGUUGAUGAUUGCAAACGCAAAGACGUACAACCAGGAGGGAUCGUGGGUAUACAACGACGCAAUCGAGCUCAUGAACGCAUUUGACGGCAUGUACGACGCCGUGGCGAGAAACAGCGGAUUGCCCGGUGCAGACAACGAGGGCAAUGGCACGGGCGAAGAAGACGAACAGGAUCAGGAUGAUGAAGAGGAGCAGCCUGCGGCGCCCGUCGUUCAGAGCAGCAGCAGGCCCAAAAUCAAGCUGAGCAUGAAGGGAAGAGGCAGGCCAAAGAAGGAAGAAGCCAUGGACGACGACGACGACGAAUAGCGGCCUUCAUGUGUACAUCCAUCCUCCCUUCUCCCACAUUCCCCUGCUCCCCUCUCUCUCUCUCUUCACUAUUUUUCCACUUCUCAUCUCACCUCAUAAUCGUUUCGAAGGAUGUAUUCUCUUACCGCUCUCCUCUUUCUGUUCUUCCUCCCUCGACUUCAUGGUUGAUGAGAAUCACAAGUGUCUGAUUAGAGAACGUGCUCUAAGUCGCCGGUGAAGACUAGAAG